UAGGGAAGGUAUAGGGAAAGAAACGGUGUACACAAAUAUCGCGUAAAACAACGAGAUUAAUGAGCCCAGAUCAAUUUACCGACAAUUUUUAUGGAUGAAUACACGUCUUAUACCUGGAUCUAUUCUAAAUUCUUUAUGAUAUGUAUGAUAUGCAGCUGAAUUGAACAAUUAUUAAUUUUUUCUUUAUAUCAUACGGACCUAGAUUGGGAUCCAAAAUUCCAGAAAUUUCUACUUUGUGAAAGCGAAAGUGGAUUUAAAAUGGCGUUGACUUGGAGAAUAAGAAUCCUCUUCCUUCUGAUGUUCGCACCAGGAACUACAAAUGACAGAGAGGGUCAGUCAGCCGAUACUCUACCUACAUGCAUGCCAUUCAGUGCAAUUUUUAUAUGGCAUACUGGUGGUGGAGAUGAUACAUCCUUCUAUCAGCAAAUGCGUUUGAUAAUAAAACUGAUUCUUGAUUUUCCUGAAUGCACAGAGGUAUCGUUGGUCAGAGUUGGCGCAAAAGUAAACACAAAAAUGCGUUUUAGAAAGGAAAGCACAAACCAAAGUUGGAUCUAUCAACUGGUACAGCACAAACCUGGGCACUCUGGAACACAUGUUAUCCCAAAAAGAAAAAUCAGCGACGCUAUUCUCAGAAACGAAAAUCAUAAAAUGGCAGAGGAAGUGUUCUUAGUAGUAAAUAACAAUUCAGUAAUAGCUGAUAAACAGGAAGCAGCUAAAGCGCUUAGAAAGAAAAACACAUGGAUUAUUUUCUCUGGAGAACCGACAUCAAAACAUGUUUGGACAGAUCUUGCAACUGACAUUUUCCAUUUCGUGAUAUUAGAGGACAACACUGGUAGCAUUAAUUGUACUGCAAAGUCCAUCCUAAUUCAAACUUGUCGGGAUAUUAUACCAGACACAGACUCAAUAAUGGACGAUCGUAACUGUCAUAUAGAUGUCCAUUCAACUAUAAACAGCAUCAUCAUCGUUUUGAUGAUCAUAUAUUACUUCCUGCAUGAGCGUGUGAAAAGAAAUUUGCAGAGUCUUUGCAGUACAUGUUUCCGAAAAGAUAACACUCCAGUUGCAGAACAUAGUGCAGACGGACAAGACCAGGAACUAAAUGAUAGGAAUGAGAACCAGUUCACCAAAGAACAAUUGGGUCUUGAUGCAAACGCCAGUACGACUGUGGAGGGAGAAAUUCUCGACAUGACUGUAGCUGGACGACAAUCCAACCUACCUAUUCCUCCUAUAGCAAGACAAGACUUUGAGCAAGAGGAACAUCCGUUGAUCAAUCAACAAAAUGGCAAUGGAGAACAAACAUAACCUAGCACUUGUAUGGGUUCCUUAACAAGCUACAACGACAAGGAAGCGUUUUGGAUCAAGUCAAAAAUCCUUCCCUUGAAGAGAUACUUUUUUUUUGCAAACAGAAGACCGGAGGCAGAUAAAACUGACAUCUUAACUCAACAGUGUAUCGCAACUCAGCGACCACAAUAGUUUGUUUAUCAAAAAAAGCCUAAGACAUGUAAUGUCAUUACAAUAGAAUAUAGUAUAUAAAGCAUUUUCAGUAGUAAAUAGCAAAUUAUUUAGAGUUUAUGCCUUGGUCACAAAAUUGUACGACGUCCGUACGGUUUAAAAAAAUCGUACGAGUCCACAAAUCUUAGAAUCUUUACGGUCUCUGUACAAUCGCAGUGUCUGAUUGCAGUACCAACGGACCCCGUACGAUCUUUCGAGGAUGCAGUAGUAAGAUAUCCGUACGGACGUCACAAACAAGCUGUGCGUAGCUCGCAAGGAGCCCGGUCGUAUCUCGUGGGUUCAUACGGCGCUCGCACAGCACUCCUACGGUAUCCGUAGUACCACCUUGAAUCACCAAGGAAGUCAAGUUCAAGAAGUAAUUAUUUUUGUUUAAUGAUACAUGUACGUUGAACGAUUACUUCAAAAUAUGCUCAUAUUUCUCUGUGUGCUUAUGCUACCUGUGUUUAUAUUUUCACUGCAAAUAAGCGUGUGCUUCGAACUUCUUAGCUUAUAAAGAUUAUAUACACAUGUAUGUCAUAUUAUAUAUUGUCACUUGCCAUUCCGUAACCCAGAGUCAUACUUUAUUGUUACAUAUUGUUCUUUAGUCAGGAUAUUUUCAUCAUUUUAUAUAUUCAAGAUUUUCAGUAAACCUUAAACUCGAAACUUGAAUUUUCGCCAAUUUGAUUGACUUAAGCUUGUGCUUUUUCAUUUGAAGUGUCAUUCAGUUUAAGGGAGUAUAGAAACAUAGAACCCAAUUGCUUUUAUAGAACUGUGCAGAUGCAACUUUCUAUAGUUUGUUUCAAAUCGGAGUCAACUAAAUUUUUAAGAAAAUCUCUUGAAGCAUAACUUUUGAUAAUAUGUUAUUAGCAAAAAGAGUGCGUUAGGUUUUCAUAAAUACAUGCAUAUUCUUUCACCUGUUUUUCAGUGGUGAAAUGAAUCUAUUUUUCCUAAACAGGGAGAUAAUUUAUGGGCUAUAGAUUAUGUAAAAUAUGUAAUUGCUCUCCCUCCUUAUUUGAAUAGGUAAAUGUGAUUUUCAGGUGUUUUUCAGUUUUUAAAAGACAUAAAGGUAGUUAUCAUAUACCUUGUAUUAAUGAGUUUCAUAGAAGGUAAUUAUAGAUGAUUGACAUUGAUGAAUACCUGCUUUGUAAAUACUUGAUGUUUAUAAUGAAUAAAUAUUGAAUAUUG